CUGAAGGUUGGAACUCUAGUCUGCUGUAGCUGAGCUGUGGUGUUGGUAGCGCAGGGCUGGAUGACUUUAAUAAGAGUGCUUUGCCCCAGUCAUAAAUAUAUUUAUUCACCGAUCAUAUGGGUAACAUGUGCUCAUUGCUGUCCAGACCAGCCAUGGCACGUUUACCAACGGGCUCCCCGCGAGAAAUGAUCGAGACGGUGUCCGAGCAGCUGGGCUGCAGCGCUACGUCGCGGGAGGUUGCCGCUCACCUCGACCUGCAUGACGACCUGCAGCAUUUACGACAGGAGUUCCUGGUCCCUACAGUAGCCGAUCUUCCACCAUCUGACCUGACCCUCAGGGAUGGAUCGGAAGAGUGCAUUUACUUUGUGGGCAACUCUCUAGGACUGCAGCCUAAAAAUACCAAAAAGUACAUUGAUGAGGAGUUGGAGAAGUGGGCAAAAACAGGCGCCCAUGGUCAUGUGAUGGGGUCGCGACCUUGGGCAUGGGCCGAAAACAACCUAGAGGCCCUCAUGGCAAACAUUGUUGGUGCUAAACCAGAAGAGGUUGCCUUGAUGAAUGGUUUGACAGUCAAUCUUCACCUUCUGAUGCUUGCUUUUUACAAACCCACAGCAAAACGGCACAAAAUCCUCCUGGAAGACAGGGCCUUUCCGUCUGACCAUUAUGCGGUGAAGUCUCAGAUACAACUACGAGGGUUUGAACCCAGCAAAAGCAGCAUCUUCCUUAAACCCAGACAGGGGGAGGACACCCUCAGGACAGAGGACAUUUUGUCCAAAAUCGAGCAAGAGGGAGCCUCCAUCGCUGUGGUGAUGCUCAGCGGAGUCCAGUACUACACUGGCCAGCUGUUCGAUAUGGAGGCUAUCACCAGAGCAGGCCACGCCCAGGGCUGCUAUGUGGCCUUUGACUGUGCACAUGCAGUGGGUAAUGUGGAGCUACAGCUACAUGACUGGGGGGUCGACUUCGCCUGCUGGUGCACAUAUAAGUACAUGAACUCUGGAGCUGGUGGCUUGGCAGGAGCGUAUGUACACGAGAAGCAUACGGACACAGUCAAACCUGCACUUCUAGGCUGGUGGGGGCACAACCUGAAGACUAGAUUUCAGAUGACCAAUGUGAUGGAUCUGCAGCCAGGAGUUAAGGGAUACAGACUAUCUAAUCAACCCAUUCUCCUGGUGUGCCCCCUACAGGCCAGUCUGGAGAUCUUUAAUAAGACCACCAUGACAGAUCUGAGGAGGAAAUCUGUGCUGUUGACUGGCUAUCUGGAAUACCUGCUCCAGUACCACUACAGCCGGGACGAGGCCGACCCAGGCAAGCCCUACGUCCGCGUCAUCACUCCCAGUGACCCGGCCCAGAGGGGCUGCCAGCUUUCCCUCUCAUUCUCUGUGCCCAUCCGUGCCGUUUUUAAGGAGCUGGAGAAGAGAGGAGUCGCGUGUGACAUGAGAGAGCCUGACAUCCUGCGCAUCGCUCCCGUUCCUCUCUACAAUUCCUUCACGGACGUGCACCUUUUCAUCAGCAUCCUGGAAUCAGUGCUGAGCGCACAUGCGUGAUUCUGCAACGCAGGACUCACCCGGUGCGGCGGGGGGGGGAGAUAUGAUGGGUUUUUUUGGGCUGAAAAUAAGCCACUGCUGCUGACGUGGUUUCCAAUGAUCUCACAGAAUGAAAUCACAUGAAGCAUCUUACUGUCCAAGAAAAGCAACUGAAACCUUAGCAUCAGCUGGUCUAACAUUCAUCCUGAGCAUAUUGCAGUGGGUUUGCUGAUCACAAAACACUUUUCUUCAUCCUCACAUGGCUGAAAUGAAGGUUUUGAAGAUCAGAUGCACCGAUCCUGCCUCGUUGUCUCAUCGCUGACAUACAUGGACAUGGCCCUGUAUGGGGCAGUGACCGGCAUUGUGGCUUGUACUGAUGAGUGAUGGGUUGCUGUGGGUACCACACACCUCACUGCCCCGAGUGCCUGGCCCCCCAAUUAACAUCAUCGGUAUUACCCAAGAUGCCCUGCUCUUAAUGUGGCCAGCUCUGUUUAUGUCCUAUUACCUUGACUGAUGCCUUCUCUACAAUUAGAUAUAAUUGGCAUAUCAAUAUGCAGAAGCUAAAUGGAUUAGCCUUCUUUUAAAAGUAAUGAGGGCCUCUUGCCUCAGCUUGUGGGGGAAAAUUUACAUUCAUCUCUUUUAUAGAUUGAAGGAGGGGCACUGACAUAAAUAAUUUACUUUAAAUAAAUGAGAAAA